UAUAAGAUGGAGAGCAGCUCUCUCCUCCAUCACUCGACUCCUACUGUAUCUCCUGGACCUCUCGUUCUCGCUCGUGUCUCUCUGUGAGAAACCAGACGUUCUGCUACAAUGAGGAACCUGAUGGCUCUGCUGUUCCUGCUGUCGCUCUGCUCUCUUCAUCUGGUGUUUAGCGCUCCAAGCAGUUUAGACUACAAGACUCAAUGCUGUCAAGACACAACUACAAUAAGGAUCCCAGAAAGGAACAUUGUGAAAUUCUGGUGGACCAGCAGCAACUGCCCCAUAAAGGCUGUUGUCUUUGAGACUCCAAAAAAGAGAUUAUGCCUGAAUCCUACAACCGCUUGGGUCAUUAAGUACCUGAAAAAACACAGAACCUCGGGACAAUGAGCCUCUGAACCUCAGCAUGAGAUUCGAUUUCAACACAGAACACUAAAUUAAUAUUAUGACCUUUUGUUUAAUUUAGUUUUUGUUUUUGUUUUUUUAUAAUUAACAUAUUCUCACCUCUGGGCCUCAGUGUGAUGGCGCCACCUGGUGUUUAUAAGAGUUCAGUAUCAAUCCGUGUCUUCUUCAUGAUUGUUACCCAGUAAAUGUAGCAGAAAAAUGAAAUGAAUCGACUGUUCUAAUACACCCCUGUUCUAAUAAACACACUAUGCAGUA